CCAAUCAGAGGCGGAGAAGGGCGGGACAUUCUUUCCCCAUCCAAGGAAAGGAAAAUUGGCUUCCUGCGUUGUCUUCAUUAGCUUGUCCCGCGGAGGUUUAACUGUGGUACUCACAAGAUUUCGGUAAGACGUCUCUGUUGCAGUGGUACAUUUCUCGUCGUGUAUGCAUCAGUCGGGUCUCGCAGGUCUGUCAGGCCUGUGCCGAGUCACCGACCAUCUUUAUCUCAGUAAUGGCAGAGCGGCUAAUGAUGCCUCCCAGGUGGCUCGGUGCAAGAUAGCGUGCAUCGUAAACGUGACCGAGACCAAGAGCCGCCGCCCUCUUCAUCCCGGGGUAGAGUACAUCCACAUCCCGCUCGCCGACUCCCCGGUGUCUCCUCUCAGCGAGCACUUCGACGAAGUCGCGGAUAAAAUCCAGCAGACUGCGGACCGCGGUGGCCGCACUUUGGUGCACUGCAACGCGGGAGUGAGCCGCUCCGCCUCGCUGUGCAUGGCCUACCUGAUGAAGCACCGCGGCGUGUCUCUCCUGGAAGCCCACCGGUGGGUGAGGACUUCUCGGCCCGUGGUGAGGCCGAACAACGGCUUCUGGAAACAGCUCAUCCGGUACGAGAUGGAGCUCCGUGGGUGCACCUCUGUCCGAAUGGUGUCCUCCUCCAUGGGAGAGCUGCCAGACAUUUAUGAACACGAAACCAGGAAUAUGAUGCCACUGUGAAGAAGCCACUACAUUGCUGUGUGAAGCUAUUUAUGGGCAUUAAUAUGCUGUUUUGUGUGUUGCAUGUACAGGGAUAGUGCUGUCAGGGGUCAACGUUACGUUUUUUAUUUUUAAUUUUUUUAAACUUGUCCGGUCGGGCAAGUGAAAAAACUUGCACAAAGAUAACUUUUACCAGCCCCUAUACAAAUGGUCUUUUUCGAAGAAGGAAAAAAAAUAAUAAUUGAAAAGAACGUUUAAAAAUUGUCAAAAGGGCCAAAAACGUCAAUAUAGUAAACAAAAACAAACCUGAAAAAAAGGCAUAUUAAAAGUCAAAAACGUUAAAGCGUUUUAUGCAUCAAAGUUAUACAAAACAAGUUUAACAAAACGUCAAAAGUGUCAAGCACCAACUCCAAUUUUUGAUGGCACAUUGAAAUCAUUCAACAAGCAUUCUCAGAUGGGACAAGAGAAUGAGAACUUCAUUUAUCAUACGAUGAUGUGAUAUGAUAAUAUGAUGUUAUAUUUACUUGCCUCGGGCCAUCGGGAAACCCUACUACUGUAUAGUCCCUGUGUAUAGUCAUGUAGAGAAAUAUAAAGGCGUAAAUAAUUUUAUAUUUUACGCCGUGUAAUGUGCUUACUAAAAAGUUACAUGAAGAAAUAAUAUACUCUGUACUCCGCUACAUUUAUCUGACAGCUACUAGUUUAAGAUAGUUUAGCCUACAUUAAAAACACAAUACAAAAUAUAUACGCUUUAUGAAAUACAAUGCCGAUUAGUCAACUAAUCUGUCGUUUGGGUCUUAUUUGAUUUUUUUUAUUUUAUUUAUUUAUUUUUAUCUUUUUGGUUCAUACUGAAUUACUUAUUUCCAAGUGACCUAAAAGCACAUCUCUGGUAAAACACAAGACUGACAGAAGUGGAGCUUUUGCAUAAUUCUUCAUUGAUCUCUCGAUUGAAUUAGCUAAUUGAUUAGUCAACAAAAAAAAGAGCGUUACCCCUAUUUUCUGCGCUACGUUCCACGAGCAUUCAAGUCAACACUUGAUAUUCCACACAGUGUGUGAAGCGGCUCUCCACGCCGCUAAAGAGAUGCGCCAGGUAGGGCUGGGGGAUACGGAGAAAAUCAAAUGCCACAAUAUUUUCGACCCAAUGCCUCGAUAUCGAUCGAUGGCGGAGGACGGAAAAAAACCGGAACGCAGCACAGACGCGUACCCAGUGGAAAAUCCGGGGGUUAAUCGAGUAAGAAUUUCUUAAGUCGAGGACAGCACCAAAACUUGUGGCCCGUUACAAGUUACUAGUUGCGGCCCCUUGUCACAUUUCUAUAAGUUGUUAGCCAAAAGAGUGAUAUCCACUAGACUUCUUAAGAUAGUUUCAAAAAGGUAAAGCUAUCCAAUACUUUACAAAAAGCACAGAGUAGAAAAAAACAAAGGCCCUCAAAACCUACCUCUCGCAAAACCUACAUCUCGCAAUUUUACUCUUGUCUUUAUACAAAUGUUUACUGCUUGUUUUUAUUUGUAUACUAUGUAGUGUCUUUGACAAGCGCUGUAUAAAUCUGUUUUUUAUUAUAAUUAUUAUUAUUAAAAACAAAUUUGAGU